CUCCCUCCCUCCUUUUCUCCCUCUCUCCCUCUCUCUUCCUCUUUCCCCCUCCCUGUCCUUCUCCCUCUCCUCUCUCUCCGCUUCCUAACAUUACAGAGAAAAUGCUGCUAUCAGUGACUUCCAGGCCUGGGAUUUCGACUUUUGCCUAUAACAAGAACAACAAGAAGCCCUAUGUGUCAUUGUCGCAGCAGAUGGCACCACCUAGUCCAAGCAACAGCACCCCCAACAGCAGUAGUGGGGGCAGUGGGAAUGACCAGCUGAGCAAAACCAACCUGUACAUCCGUGGAUUGCAGCCGGGCACGACUGACCAAGACCUUGUCAAGCUCUGUCAGCCAUAUGGCAAGAUCGUCUCCACUAAGGCCAUAUUGGACAAGACCACAAACAAAUGCAAAGGCUAUGGCUUUGUGGAUUUUGACAGCCCCUCUGCGGCACAGAAGGCUGUGACAGCCCUGAAGGCCAGUGGUGUGCAGGCCCAGAUGGCCAAGCAACAAGAACAGGACCCCACAAAUCUAUAUAUCUCAAACCUGCCUCUGUCCAUGGAUGAGCAUGAGUUGGAGGGGAUGCUGAAGCCCUUUGGCCAGGUUAUCUCCACCCGGAUCCUUCGGGACACCAAUGGGACCAGCAGAGGAGUUGGCUUUGCAAGGAUGGAGUCCACAGAGAAGUGCGAAGCUAUCAUUACCCAGUUUAAUGGAAAAUAUAUUAAGACGCCCCCCGGGGUUCCAGCCCCGACUGAUCCCUUGCUCUGCAAAUUUGCUGAUGGUGGGCCAAAGAAGCGACAGAAUCAAGGAAAAUUUGUGCAAAAUGGGCGGGCCUGGCCCAGGAACGGAGACAUGGGUGGAAUGGCCUUAACCUAUGACCCCGCCUCAGCGCUUCAGAAUGGUGUCAUGGGAUGGCGGAAGAUCACUGGGCUGAACAGUAGCUUCUGGGUGCUAACACUUCUGUUUGUUUGUUGCUCAUGUCAGAGAGUGGCCCAGGCGUCUCCUCUGCAAGUCCCUAACCCAUCCUGGCUGCACCACCAGUCGUACCUCAUGCCGCCAUCCGGUUCCGUUCUGACGCCAGGGAUGGAUCACCCCAUUUCUCUUCAGCCAGCCUCCAUGAUGGGACCCCUGACCCAGCAACUGGGCCACCUCUCACUCAGCAGCACGGGCACGUACGUGCCGACAGCUGCAGCUAUGCCCGGAGCUUACGUCUCCCAGUACGCACCUGUGCCUUCUUCCAGCGUUUCUGUGGAGGAGAACGGCGGGCAGCAGAGCCAAGUGCCGGUGGAGACGCCCUCGGAGCCCGGGGUCUACUCCUUCCAGUUCAGCAAGUAAUGGCGCUGAACUUGCCUGCUUACCCUUUUCACAGUUUUUAAUUUUGUGAAUUUUUUGGAAUGAAAUUUCAUAUGGAAUUUGGGGGUGGUGCUGGGCAAGGAGCAAGCUAGAACACUAAGCAGCAGGCAAAGUGGCUUUUCCUCUGCCCUGAGGACAGCUGCAGGAAGCAGAGCCUGCCCCACAGCCUUCGGAAGCCACCUUCAAGCCAAAUGUGGUUGAAGACUUGAUCCUUCCCACAAGUUCCACAUGGAUUUACUGACUUCCUGCUCCUUUCCUUGUGGAAGCUGAAUCCCUGUUCUGCAGCCUCCCCUCCCCCUGGCCUGCAGGUCGCUUCUCCCCUGUGUGUGCCCCAUGGAGUCUACUUGGCCCUUUGGGCAGGAAGACCAGCAGCAUCACCUGUGGCUCUUGACCACAGGUGGUUUGUUUCCCAGGGUCUGUGGUCACACUAAAUGUGUGACAUUUUUGCCAGCCAUGCCUGGGUAAAGGGUGUGUGCUACCAGCAACAGCAUCUACUCACUAGCCCCAGGACAUCGCUGAGCACCCUGCAGUGCACAAGACACUGGCGCCCCCAGUGAACAAUUCUGGCCUGAAAUGUCAGUAGUGCCACGGAGAAGCUUUAGUGUGGACGGCGCUUUCCUGCUUGGGGGGCGGGAGGCUGUGUUGCCAUCCCAGGGCCUUCUGACACAGUGCUGCUGGCUGGGUGGGUGGGGACACUGGGAUCCAGUUUUCCCAGGCUUUGCCUUUUACUGCCCUUUUGUAGGGCGGGAGAACCAUCCUGGGUCCUGGUUGAGAUGGGGCGAGGCCUGCUGUGUGCACUAUGCAGGGCGGGAAAGGACAGAGCUGUCUCAGGCUACAGAGCAACCGUCCUGCCUUGCAUGUCUGGACCCCUUCCCUGGAGAACCAGGACUUCAGAAAUCAUUUUCUUGAGCUGGCUGUGUUGGUGCACACCUAUAAUCCCAGCAUUUGGGAGGCUGAGGCUAGAGAAUUACAAAUGCAAGGCCAGCCUGCGCUACGGCGUGAGAUUACCCUGUCCUGAGGAAAACCAAAGAGAAAAUUUUCCUUCCUGUGAAGACAACAGGGAGCUAGGACAGAAAAGCACAGUACAGCCCAUCUCACGGUGUGCGAGGCUGGAGACUUUUAGACACCUCUGCCCCACUCCGUAGCUGUCCUUGUCACGAGGCUGGACAGCACUAGAGACAAGAUGACCCGGCUCCUGGCUCCUCCCCGCAGAGAAUCCGCUGCCCUGGCCAGGCUCCGGCCCACGGGCACUGCCGCUGGAGGGUGGCUUCGGCUCAGCCUGGCACACAAGGCUUUGCCCAGAUUUUCCUCCCUCCCCAGAACUGAGUCUCCAUCUUCUUCCUGUUUGUCCUUAAUGUAUCCUUGGGGAAGGGAGUGGGGCUGGGACAGUGAAAAGGACUCAGAAACUAAGGAACAAAAUCACCCAUUUUCCCACUGGUGCUUCCAACUUCAGGAAAAGCUUAUCCAGUAGAAGAGCCCCACGUUCAGUACCCAGCUAGGGUUUGGAUGAACCAACAGUGCCUGUUUUUGAGUUUCUUACCAUCAGUCACGGGAAGUAUACCCUCGCUAC